AUGGAUCUUUCCUACCUCCUGUCGUCUUCGCUAGCCCCAGUGCAGAAGACUCUCAUUUCGUACCUCGGCCCGAAGGAGUUCUCGACCUUGGUGCGGGUAUCCACAGACGUUCGCACUGCGCUCAGCGAUGGGCUUCCUUCAUACUACCAGAACAUUGAGACAAAGCUCAAAACCUUCUUCGAGGAUCCCAAGGUGUUCAGACAAGUUCAAGUCAACACUGGCGCGAUCAUUGGCGGUGACUUUGCCCACAAGUUCAUCGCUAACGAGCUACAAACUCCAGUGCAAGAACUAUACAUCUAUACACAGUACUCAGACGUCAAGCCCUUGGACCUCCGUACCUCGAUAAUCGACUUUCUAGAGCAAGAAUGCUGGACCGCUGAUGAAUACAACAAGACGGGCUUGACCGUAUUUCGAAAGCCACAACGGACUGAAGAUGAUGAAUGUGAGCCGGUAUCGCGUUACUUCAUGGGUGUACUUGGAGUAGAAAGCGCUGUCCUGAAACAGACUCAUGUCGUCUUGCUCGAAGACGAAGAUGAUGAAGAAAAGACCAGGUCUUUUGAAAAGACGAUCCACCUCGUGCGCGAGGCCGUUAGAUUGACGCUAUUAGAGCUUUCGAAAUUGCCAGAGAGCGAACGCCCGAACGGACACAACAACGUAAUGAAUGGUAGGUCUCGCGAGUUCGUGUGGAAAAACACCAAGGUACCAGAGACGUGGUCAUACUACGAUGACGACUUUAUGAAGCAGCUGGAGAAGCUGUGGAAGGAGUAUGAACGCGACGAAGCGGAGAAAUGCGACGGACGGAAUAGCAAGAAGUAAAUUGUCGGCAAGCGAAGCGCAAGGAGCAGUUUGGCGGUUCGUCGGAUGAGAGCGAGGAUGUAGCGGCUUGAUGGAGAGCGGAUGGUUGUGCGUGGGAAUAUAAUAUCAGUCAUUCAGC